CAAUUACCAGGGUGUACUAAUAAAACGCAACAUUGUCCUCUUACGUCAUAUCAUGUGCAGUGUUUGGACGUAACAUUAGACCUCAUCAUAUAUAAUCAUGUUAAUUAAAAGGUUACACGUACUAUCAUCCAAUUCUUCUAAAUAUGGUUUGCAGAAGUUUAUUUCAGCAUGUUACUCAUCUUUGGUGCCGCCAAAAGUUCUGGAGAAAAUUCGCAACAUAGGAAUAUCAGCUCAUAUUGAUUCUGGGAAGACUACAUUAACAGAACGAAUUUUAUUUUACACAGGACGCAUUGAUGAAAUGCAUGAGGUUCGUGGAAAAGAUGGUGUGGGUGCUGUAAUGGACAGCAUGGAACUGGAAAGGCAACGAGGAAUUACAAUUCAGAGUGCAGCAACAUACACUACGUGGAAAGAUUAUAAUAUCAAUAUUAUCGACACUCCAGGUCAUGUUGAUUUCACUGUGGAAGUGGAACGAGCAUUAAGAGUCUUAGAUGGAGCAGUAUUAGUUCUUUGUGCUGUAGGGGGUGUACAGUCACAAACAAUGACUGUUAACCGCCAAAUGAAGCGUUACAGUGUUCCAUGUCUUGCUUUUAUCAACAAGUUAGACCGUAUGGGUGCAAACCCUUACCGUGUCUUGAAUCAGUUAAGAUCCAAAUUAAAUCAUAAUGCUGCAUUUAUACAGCUUCCAAUUGGUUUAGAAGGAAACACCAAAGGUAUAAUUGACCUGGUUGAACAAAGAGCUCUCUAUUUUGAAGGAGAUCAUGGGGAAGCUAUACGGGAAGAUGAAAUCCCAGCUGAUAUGAGGGUGGAAGUGGAAGAACGACAUAUGGAACUUAUUGAGCAUUUGUCCAAUGCAGAUGAACAAAUUGGUGAACUAUUUUUAGAGGAAAAGAUUCCUACCAAAGCUGAACUUUAUGCUGGAAUUCGCCGGGCAUGUUUGGAACGUACUUUUACGCCUGUACUAGUAGGAACAGCUCUAAAGAAUAAAGGUGUUCAAGCUCUGCUUGAUGCUGUGCUGAAAUAUUUACCUCAUCCUGGGGAAGUAAAAAACUAUGCUCUGAUACCUUCUAGACAAGGGGAAGAAGAAAAGGUUUUAAUGCAUUCUGCACGUGAUAGCAGCCACACAUUUGUUGGAUUGGCUUUCAAGUUAGAGGCAGGUCGAUUUGGACAGCUGACAUAUGUGCGAGUUUAUCAGGGUUGCUUAAAGAAAGGAGAAACUAUUUAUAAUUCUCGUACUGGGAAAAAGGUAAAGGUAUCUCGACUAGUCCAGAUGCACAGUAACAACAUGGAAGAUGUCACUGAAGUUUAUGCAGGAGAUAUCUGUGCUUUGUUUGGUAUUGAUUGUGCUUCAGGUGAUACCUUUACCACAGACUCCAAGUCCAAUAUUUCUAUGGAAUCAAUGUAUGUGCCAGAUCCUGUUAUUUCUAUGUCAAUUAAGCCAAAGGAUAACAAAAACUUGGACAGCUUCAGCAAAGCCAUCAACCGUUUUACAAAAGAAGACCCUACAUACACUGUAUACUGGGACAAUGAAAACAAAGAGACAAUAGCUUCUGGGAUGGGCGAACUUCACUUGGAGAUUUAUGCCCAGGUUCCUCUGAAUGAUAUGUUUGGUUAUGCAUCGGAGUUGAGAUCUUCUACACAAGGAAAGGGUGAAUUCACGAUGGAAUAUUCUCGUUAUGCACCAGCAAGAGGAGAGGUAAUGGAGAGUCUCAUCUCCCAGUUCCAGGAUUUCUAUGCUGCAGAACCUGCAAAGAAAAAGGGACGGCGAUAAGUUCAUCAGAAUUGUUAGUAAUCUUUUUAAAUAAAAUUUUGUUGUAUAUGUAUAGAUCUUGUUUAUGUUGUAAAUUUUGUAUGUAGAUAAAUUAUUUAUAAAGCAGGAAAAUUUUGUACAUGCAGUAUGUUAAGGUUCAAUGAAAGUUACUUGGAU